AGACAACCGUUGUUACGAAAAUAGUUCAUUCACCGACAUUUACUAACCUCAAUGAAACUAUGAUUGUUUCAUUAUUUUUCUCAAAGAGAAAAAACUUUGAUUUAUCUUUUAUUAACACAUGUUGAUUGAAGACUUCAUGAGAAUUGAAGUUUUCAAAUUGAUAUUUUUUUUGUUUUUAUCUACAGUUGUGGAAUGAUUAUAUAAUUGGAAAACAAAUUUAGCUUCAGAAUGGAUGAAUUUCUUUUUAGGAGCUCUCAAAAAUUAGAUUCAUUGCAAAUUCAACUAGGGCUAGUAGCCUCUCAUAGUAAAGAUGUAUUCCACCAUUAUUCUGAACAAAGUAAAUUAAUAAUAUCUGAAUGUUGGAAUAGUUCAAAAACUUUGGAAUUCAAAGAGGCGUUUCGAGAGAUCUGGUUUUACUUAAUUGACGUUGGAGAACAUAUUCGAUAUAAAGUUCAAUUCUAUGGCGAUCCUAGAAGAAUAUAUUUCAGUGUAUUGGGAAUUUUUGGAAGAAAUUGGACAAGAAGGGAAAUUUCUUUUGGCUUGGCUGGUUUUGUUGUAGGGGGUAUUUUAGGUAUAGUAAUUGGACAAGCCUUUAACAGGAAAGAAUCUAUUAUUCGAUAUAUGCAAGCUGUGCAAUGCCGGUGCUAUGCAGGAGUAGAGUCUAUUUUAGUAGCUGAAGAUGCUGUAGCUCCCUAUGAAUGUGGUGAAAAUGAUGUGCUUAUUGAUGUUAAAGCAUCUUCAGUACAGGUUCUUGAUAAAUUUAUUUGUGAUGGUUAUGGAAGAACACUAAGAAAAAUUCUAAGGAAAUAUUAUGAGAAUUCAUCAGAUCUACCUGUUACACUUGGUAGAGAUUGUACUGGAAUAGUUACAGAUAUUGGAAAAAAUGUAAAGAGAAUAGAUAUAGGUGAUGAAGUAUGGUUAACAGUACCAUUUUGGGCUCAAGGUACUAUGUCUCAAACCAUUGUCGUUCCAGAAAUAAGGGUUAGCAAAAAACCUAGUAAUGUUGGCUUUGAAGGGGCCUGUAGUGUACCAUACUCUGGCUGUAUUGCCCUAGAUGCAUUGGAAAAAUGUGAUAUUAGUUUUGAGAAUGCCCAAGAAAAGAGAGUAUUGAUUCAUAAAGGCUGUACACCUGUUGGUUGUAUUUUAAUUCAAAUUCUAAAAUACUGGGGUGCUGAAGUUUCUUCAACCUGCAAUAAACGAGCCAUACCUGUUGUUAGAGCUUUGGGGGCCGACGAUAUCAUAAUUCUAAGUGAGGAACUCGAGAAAAAUGAAAGAAAUGAUUAUAAAGAAUUACUUCAGGAAAUUGAAAUGAGAAAAAAAUUUGAUGCAAUAAUUAUAACUUCGGAUUAUUGUUCUACUGAUGAAAAAUUAUUCAAAUCAAGCAACUGUAUUGUUACAACACCGAAAAAACUACCCUCAGAUUCCUAUGGAUUCUUAAGGAAAUUCUUAUUUCAGUGGUACAUUUGGCUCCAGUGGCGUUUUGAAAUUUUUACUGGAUCUUCUUCAAACCAAUUCGAUGAAGUUCAUAUGUGCCACUCAACUUUAGACCAAUUGGCAGCAUUGGUCAAAAACGGACAUUUACAAACUGUUGUAGACAAAGUUUACCUACCUCAAGAUAUUGAUUUAGCCUUUUCUCAUCUAGAAUCAUCAAGAUCCAUUGGAAGUACAAUAAUUACCUUUAGAUAACAUUUGUUUGCUAAAUGACUAAUAUCUUAAUAGUACGAAUCACUAUUUAUAUAAUUGCCUCUAAUAUUCAUAAUACAGAACAGUGCCAAAUUUUUCACAAUGUUUCUGAAAAUAUUCCUAAUAUAAAGGUGAAUCAAACUCAAAAAAUAUUUUUUUCUAAAAUAAAAAUAUAUACCUAGAAGCAAAGAAUUUUCCCCAAAACAUUGAUCCAGUUGUUAGGGUGGUAUCCAUAAAAUUUUGUUGGCUAAUUGAUAACUGAGUGCCUUUCAACUGCCAUAAAUUAUGAACAAUGAAAUAAAGUGUUAAUUAUUUAUCAACCGAAACUCAACCAUUUUAUACUCUUAUGAUUUUCAAAAAAUUUGUAGCUCAGUACAAAGUUUUGGUAGAAUUAUAAUACAAAUAUAUUUGCUUGUAUUGUGAGGUAAAACUGUAUUUUGAUGUUAUUUCAUGUUUUCUGUUUUUAUUCAAAAAGCAUGGUUGUAUUUUAUUAUGAGUAUGAAAAAAUAUAUUUAUUAAAAUGCA